CAUGCACUGCGCGCAGCUCGGACGCGCUCAGCCUCGUCCGUUCGUCCGUGGACUGGCGUCGUGCAGGUAACGGAGGAGCAGAAUGGCAUCAGCCCUGUCCCGAGCCCUCAAACUGCCCGGAAAGAAGGGCUCAGAGCUGGGAGAGUACGACCCUCUGACCCAAGCCGACAGUGAAGACGAGAGCGAGGAAGAUGACCUGGUGCUCAGUUACCCUCGGAACGGCCUGGGUCGGGACGGCUGCCUGGGCCCCGGCGGCGGCAGCGGCAGGUCUGGCAGGUUCGUCGGGGCGGUAGAUGAAAUGCUGGAUGAAGAAGAUGAAGAUGACGACUGGAGAGAGCACGGGCCGAGUCUGGAGGGAGACGACUCGAAGGACUCGCAGUACCGGGACCAGAGGCGCGGGUCCGGGUCUCUCGUCGGGGUCCACGGCGCAGACGGCGACGCCAAGGAGAUGAGGAUGAAGCACAUGGUCCGUACGGCGGCGUUCCUCGUGCCGCUGGUGUGCGCGACGCUGCUCGUGCUGCUCUGCGCGUUUCUGAUUCCGUGUCAAAAAGGAAAAGUCCGUCCACAGUGGGAGCGAGCGUUUGGAGAAGCAGGAGGAAUCACCCCCCCCGCCCUGGCCUUGUGGGACGUGAACAAUGAUUCUGUGGAGGACGUGUUGUUGGGUGUAACUGAAUCGUCCACACCAGGAAACAAAGUUUACAGCGCCGCCGCCCUGUCCGCCGUGAACGGGCAGGUCAUAUGGAAGAAACCCACGUCCGAGCGGGUGAUGUACAUCCAGUGUGGGCUGAGGAUCAGCGCUCAGAAGUCACACGUGUGUCUCCUCAUCAGUAAAUCCACUCUGACGGCAGUGAACGGAACGACAGGGAAAAGUCUGUGGCUGGUGCAGCUCAAGAGCAUCGAAUCCCAGGUGGUUUUACUCCCAGAUCUGCAGGGAGAUUCGAUCCCGGAUCUGCUCAUAUCGACGCUCCCGGCAGACGCUACGAUGGAUUUGUCUUUCACGUUGAUUUCUGGACAGACGGGGGCGAAACUUGGACGUUCAGUGCCUUUUAACAUAUCUGGGCAAGGAAAGUUGAUUGGUCCACUGCUGCAUAAAACUCAACAAGAGGCGUUUUACAUCUUGUUUGGUUUAGGUAACAUCAAAGCCAUAUCGCUGUGUGACCUCUACAUCCACGCUACGGGUAAAAUGCCGUCAAACCAAGAGCUCAGAAAGAGGGAUCCGGGAUGGGAGGGACUCAAGGCCAGAACCAAUUCUUCCACUUUGAUCCACAUUUUUGGAGGAGCAGAAGAUGUUACGUUCCUGUCUCCACAUGUGGUUGGUUAUGACGGAAAUCACAAUAACCUGGACACAGUCUCCAACCGGAACAGCACCAGGAGCGACUGGGUUUUAGUUUACGGCUCGAGUAAACUGUCCGUGCUCAGGCAGAAGGAUCUACGCAAAGAAUGGACCUUCAGUUCACCUCUUAUUCAUAGCCAACCCACUUCAGGACAUUUCAAUGACGACGGAGUUCUGGACAUUUUCCUUCAACAUUCAGCAAAUGGAGUCAUGAAGGUUCAGAUCAUCGAUGGAGCUAAAGGUCGUCUCCUGUGGUCGGCAGAGUUCGCGUGUCCUCGUCUGGAUUUGGGGUCGACGACGAUGUCCACGUCGUCGGGCCAAUCUGUGUUUCUGUUCUGGGCCAGUGAGCCAAUCAGAGCUCAGAAGAAUGUUACCAAGACAACAGUCCCGCCCGGUGCUGCUGCAGGUCAACCUCUGAUUAGAAAACUGUUCCUCCUCCACCCCUUGUAUCCCACUGUGCUCUUGGAGCUGAACAGCACCACUGACACAGCAGUAACUUCAGCAGUGAUAUUUGACGAGCGGCAGGACGACGCCUCCUACAUCACCGUGUCUUCACAGCCCACUCCUGGAUCCAGGCCCAUCGUCUGUGUGGUUAAAAUCAUGAGCCUCAAAGCCGCGAUCGUCAAAGCAAAAAUGGUCAGAUUAAAUGAAAACAGAAUGCAGGAAAGCUCAGUCAAACCAAGUACAUCUGAGGUCAGUACUUUUUUCAGACGCUUGGCUUUUAAGCACUGAAAGAAAAGAGAGAAAUGAAAGAAAGAAGAAAUCUUUGGGAAGUUUGUAGCAGCGAAAAGAGCCUGGUGUAAUUCAACUCUAUUAUUCCAGAUAAUUGCACUAAAGAUGAACAAAUUUGUUUUAAGUUGUUUACAUUUACUGUUUUCUGUUAAUAUGCUGUAAUCUUAUAUAGUGUUUUUCAAUUACAUUUAGUUAUUGGCCCCGUUUCAAGACGCAGGUUUAGUCCAGACAGGGUCAGUUUUAGAGUGACUCUAAACCCUGAAUCAGGAGCUUAGUGUGAAUCGAACCUGAUCCAGAGCAGGUUUCAUUCCUUUAAGCCUGAGUUGGCCAGAGCCUGAAUGAGAGUCUGAUUGGACAGUUCACUUCAGUUUUGUCAACUGGACAAAGCUUUUUCAGGGAAAAUGUUUCUUGUCCAAGUCGCUUGAGCCACGAAACGUCUUCACUCAAAAACUUUGUCCAGUUGACAGAAUUUAAUUUCUCUUCUACUGUUGCGACGGUGAAUCCUCUUUUCAUUGAUCCUUUGAUCGUGGCUUUUCUCUUCAGCUAAACUGGACAAACACUGAGGCUCUAACUUUGCUCCAGACCUGUUCUGAAACAGGAGACACAGAGUUGGCCCAGUCUGAGUCUCAGGACUAAAUUCAGUGUGAGUUGAACCUCUUUGUGAAACAGGCCUUUUAUCUAAUGUGCUGUAUACAUUCAGUUUUAGAUUUCAGAGUUUUCGAGUUCACUGAUUGUGACAUAUUGACUUGAUGGCAACAAACUGUAUAAUUUAAUGAAGCACAGGACAGAAAACAGACGUUUACACCACUACAUAAAUGUAAAUGUGUAAAUAUGUACAGUAUUUAUUUGUUUGCUUUUAACAGAUUAGUCUAACUUGCUGAUUGUCAUUUUUGUUGUUUGGAUUAUCAUCAGAAUGUGGCUGCUAAAUGUGCUGGAAUUCAUCUCUUUACUGAUACAUUUUGUACAAUAUUUCAACUUAAUUUAUUAAACCUCACAAACCUGUGUGUGGUCAGAAUGUU